AUGGAAACUGCAGCUGGUGUACCCCUUGCUGUUGGCAUACAGGCUUUAAAGACCCUGAAUCAAUGGCUGAAGAACAGGGAGAUUGCAGAAGCAUGGUACGGCUCAGAUGUUGACGAUUUUACAAAACCAAUCACACUAGCCAAAGUCCGUCGUGCUCUUUCAUUAGACGAAAUGCGUGUGGAUAUGGCAUUCACGAUUCAGGGGGAGCAGUGGACAGAGCUCAUUCGCAAGUGCCUAGAGAAGUGUUAUUCUUGGCACAAUGCCCGCUAUAACGGAGAAUGUUGCUGGUUACCCCUGUACAGGGCAAUGAAGCAAGAUCGUACCAGCAACAACAAGAAAAAUAAUGAUGGAGAGACUGUGCUUAAGCCUGCAGAGAAAUACCCUUCUUUUAUCGGAACUAUUUCAUCACUCCCUGCUGCACAUUUGGAGGCUUGGGGACUAGUGGUGAUGGGAUAUGCUGCUGGUGGCACGCUCCGAUUUUCAGAGGCUAGCGGGGCCUUUUAUGCAACAUUUGACACUUACUACUUUGUCCUUCUUAUAAAGAGAGAGAACAUGGCUUCACCAACGGUUGCACACCUUACACCGAUAAACAAAAACAACGGAGAAUUCCAACCAUACACAGAAAAUGAAUGGAAGAAGCUGUUCCUUACAGGUCGCUCUCGUGAGGAGAGUGAUGAUCUCUUCCGAUGGUGUAAUGAUCCAUGCUGUCUAAAGGAACCCCCUGAGGAGCUCAUUAAUGGUGAACUAGAUCAAAAAAUCAAACAGACAAUUAUUGACGACCCCCAUGCGCAAGUCAUGAAGGACAAACUGCGUGGCAGUAUCCAUGAUUGUUAUGACGCUUGGGAAAAUCUGGAAAGGAACCAUUGCACAUGCGAAUUUAUUAAGACGCGAGCCGAUCAAAUCAAGACCAAUUUGCUAAAAUCAAAACUACUAUCAGCAGACGAGACAAGGUCGUCAUAUUGCCAGGAGAUGACAGCAAAUGAUCUCACCAGAUAUAGUGAGAAGCAACUGAAAAUUGUCAGAGAUGAAGUGGAUAAUAUACCCCCUCUAAAGGAUGUGUUACCUCUUCACAAAGUGAUCGUUUCAUUUAUGAAGCUCCUUUCUCUCUCAAAAAGGGUACCCAAACAGCUGAGUACACGUAACACUGGAGAGUCACUACUAUUAGCAGGACUUUGA